UCAAGCCACAUGUCAAAAGAAUAUUGGCGUAUAAUAUAAGCCUUUGACAUCUAAGCAUAAAGUUACAAUUACUUGAGUUUAGUUAUAUCUCGAUAUAAUAUAAUAAAUAAAAUGUAAUAUCAUCAAAGAUUUAUUAAAUAAUUAAAAAGACAAUUGUUAUCAUGCUCACAUAUAAGAUAUUUUUAAUGCCACAAGAAGUAAGUAGUGACUAGAAUAUUAUAUAUAUGUGUGUAUGUAUUAUAUCACUAGAUAUUAUUGAUUUUUCUUGUAUAUUCUUAUGGAUAGUAUUGAUUAUCAUUAUCUUCGACUCUCCAAACUUUCAAGUAUUGAAAAAUCAUUCGAACAGAUUCUUCCUACAAUUUUUCAUUAUAAUUGCAUAUUCAACUAUUAUUAAUACAACAUUCUAAUAGCCAACUGCUCAAUUGUUGAUCCAAACUAGAUCACAUUCAUUAUUGGUGAUUUCUUGCAUCAUCAAUGAGCCAAGUUGGAGAUUUAGGAGAUUCAGAUUGUGCAUGCCUGCCAUCUCCCAGAGGCACUAUCCCUAUCUUCUCCUUAUCCUUUUUCUGUCUUAUUCACAUGUUGUUGAUAACAUUGAUGUUUAAAAUGGGAAGAGACAGAGGCCAUCUCCAAAGUACAAUAUUAAUAGAAGACUUACUUCACAUCUGAGUAACAAGACUUGCAAAUGGUACCAGAAAUGAUGAUGCAAAAAGGGUAUGUGUCUCAUGGAGACAAAUAGAAGAAAAUUCCUCUUGAUGACCUAACUCCAAAUGGCAUGAGCCUCAAUGCAUCUAAUCCAAAUGGGUGGUCUUCCCACAAACUAGUGUUUUCCACCCACAAUGCCACUGGUAACAGGUUAUCCUAUCCGUCGAGCAGCCAUGCAGGGAGAGGAGUUGCGCAAAGGGCCUUGGCUCGAGGAGGAAGACGAGCGUUUGGCUGCUUCUGUCGCGCUUCUGGGGGAACGGCGAUGGGAUUCGUUGGCAAAAGCUUCAGGCCUGAGGAGGAGCGGGAAGAGCUGCAGACUGCGGUGGCUGAACUAUCUUCGCCCCAAUCUUAAGCGUGGUCGAUUGACUGCAGAAGAAGAGACCAUCAUUCUUCAGCUCCACAAGCAAUGGGGUAACAAGUGGUCGAAAAUUGCUAGAAGCCUGCCGGGAAGAACUGACAAUGAGAUAAAGAACUACUGGAGAAGUCAUUUGAGAAGGAAAGCAGCACAACUUGAGGAACGAGGAAACUGCCAGAGCAUCAUAAGCAAUGCUAAACAGGACCUAUUGACGCCAAACUGUGACACAGUGAGUCUAAGAAGCAGCAAUGGAGAGUGCAACAAGGGGGACAGUUUGAUAACCUUGGAUGAUACUUUUGAUAUGUUUGGACUGUCGAACUACGGGAUUGCAGGUUCGCCUUACGAAACGCGCAUGUCAGACUGGCUAUCGCAUUUGUCAGAUGGGGCAGGGGGCGUGUACCAUCACGGGGACUGUCAGAGUUUGGAGUUAUGCUUCUGUUUUCCCUCCGAGAACAGCUAUGGAGGCUCAUGGGACUCCUUGGGCUUCCUCUGGGACACGGAGUAGACCAAAUUCUACAUUUUUGAAUCUUGAUAAGUGAAUAAUGGAUGAACUUUUGCUUGUGAAAAUACACUAACUUGCAAUCCUUCUCCUUUAAUUACUUACCACUGCUGGCUUGCUGCCAUCUUUCAUGCAACAGAA